UAGCUCAAAGUCACAUAGCAGCUUGUGCGGCGUGAACCUGAGGGCAUCAUGUUAUGAAGAAAUGGGGGGUUUGGUGAUUUGCGGGAUCAGAAAUUUCAACGUAGAAAACAGAGCGGAGCGGGAUAUCAGCAAGAUGAAGCCCUCUCCCGCUCCCAGGCACCCCUCUACCAAUAGCCUCCUGGAAAAGCAGAUGGGUGUCAAUCCAGAAAUUAAGGGAGAGAUUGCUCGUAAAGAUGACAAACUACUGUCGUUUCUAAAAGAUGUGUAUGUUGAUUCCAAAGAUCCUGUGUCUUCCGUGCAGGUAAAAGCUGCUGAAACACAAGAGCCAGAGGAAUUCAGAUUGCCAAAAGGCCAAGACUUUGAUAUGAUAAAUAUCAAGAGUGUCCCCAAAGGCAAAAUUUCUAUUGUGGAAGCAUUGACACUUCUCAAUAAUCAUAAACUUUAUCCAGAAACAUGGACUGCUGAGAAAAUAGCACAAGAGUACCUUAUAGAACAGAAAGAUGUGAAUUCCCUUCUUAAAUAUUUUGUUUACUUUUGAAGUCAAAGUCUUCUCUCCUGAAGACAAGAAAGCGAUAGAACCAAAAUGAAGAAAAUCACAAAAAUUUCCUAUGUGUACUCCUCAUCUUUCAUCCUGUGUAUUUUCUCAUUUUUUGCAUAUUAUGUUAAUUACCAAGUGUUUAAUGCUCUUAUUGUGAGAACAUACUCUGAAUGUUUAUUGAGCUCCCUGACUUUUCAAGAUUGCCAUAGCAUGUAUUUUGUUUUCUUUUAAUUUUGUUUAG